UCCGUUGCUAAGUAACAGCUGCUAUGCUCCCUGUCCGUCCGUCCGCUAAACAGAAGCUAAAUGUUAAAUUUAAGAGUUUGGGAAUAAACGCAAAGACACAAAUAGUUUGUGUUCGUUGAAGUUACUCGUCUGGAGUCAUGACGGCGAUAAAAGACGGAGAAUACACAGCUACAAUCUACAAACUGAUUAAAGACAGUCAGUAUGUGGAGGCGAUUCACAUCCUGAACGGUCAGCUUCAGAAGCACACAAAGUCCAGGGCGGCGCUGUCUCUGCUGGGUUUCUGCUACUACCACAUCCAGGACUUCACCAGCGCCGCCGAGUGCUACGAGCAGCUCACCCAUCUGCACCCGGAGGUGGAGGAGUACAAGGUGUACUACGCCCAGUCGCUGUACAAAGCUGGAGCUUAUCCGGACGCCACCAAGGCCUCGUUUGUUCUGGACAACCCCAGCAGUCACACCAAGAUGGUCAAGCUGCAAGCCUGCAUCAAAUACUGUGAGGAGGAUUACUCCGCCGCCAAGUCUCUGCUGGAGCAGCUGCCUCAGGACGACCCCGACUACGUCUAUAAUAUGGGCUGUUUGCUUUACCAGGACGGGAAGUACGAGGAAGCCUGCAAGAAGUUCAUGUCUGCCAUGCAAGUGCUGGGAUACGUACCAGCGUUGUCCUACAACAUCGCUCUGACCUACUACAGCCUGAAGAACUACGCUCAGGCCCUCAAAUACAUCGGAGAGAUCAUCGAACGAGGAAUCAGGGAGCAUCCAGAGCUGAGUGUCGGCAUGACGACAGAAGGCAUCGACGUCCACAGCGUCGGCAACACGCUGGUCCUGCAUCAGACGGCCCUGAUCGAAGCCUUCAACCUCAAAGCUGCCAUCGAGUACCAGCUGAAGAACUUGAAAGGAGCUCAGGAGGCUCUGACAGACAUGCCGCCCAGAUCGGAGGAGGAGCUGGAUCCGGUGACGCUCCACAACCAGGCUCUGGUGAACAUGGACACGAAGCCGUCGGAGGGUUUCGAGAAGCUGGCCUUCCUCCUGCAGCAGCCUUCGUUCCCUUCGGUCACCUUCGGAAACCUGCUGCUGCUCUAUUGCAAACACGAGUACUUCGACCUGGCAGCUGACGUCCUGGCAGAAAACGCACAUCUCACCUACAAGUUCCUGUCACCGUACAUGUAUGAGUUCCUGGAUGCCUUGUUGACCUGCCAGACGGCUCCAGAGGAGGCUUUCAGGAAGUUUGAUGAGAUGAACGGAAAACUGACGGAGCAGCUACGAAAGCUGGCGAAGCAGGUUCAGGAGGCCCGACUGGCUCGAGACGACGAAGCUCAGAAAAAGGCUCUGCAGGAUUACGACCUGAUGCAGGAGAAGUACAUCGUGGUCCUCAUGUCUCAGGCCAAGAUCUACUGGAACCGCGAGAACUUCCAGGUGGUGGAGAAGAUUUUCCGCAAGUCGGUGGAGGUUUGCAACGAAGACGACACCUGGAGGCUGAACGUGGCUCACGUCCUCUUCAUGCAGAACAAAUACAAGGAGGCCAUCGGCUUCUACGAGCCCAUCGUCAAGAAGCACUACGAUAACGUGGAGCAGUGUAACAUUCAGGAGUGUCCCUGCAAGUGCAAACCUUCGAUCCUGAACGUGAGCGCUGUGGUUCUCGCCAACCUGUGUGUUUCCUACAUCAUGACCAGCCAGAAUGAAGAGGCCGAAGAGCUGAUGAGGAAGAUCGAAAAAGAGGAAGAGCAGAUCUCCUACGACGAUCCAGACAAAAAGGUUUUUCACCUCUGCAUCGUCAACCUCGUCAUCGGGACGCUCUACUGUGCAAAGGGCAACUACGACUUUGGCAUCUCUCGCGUCAUCAAAAGCCUGGAGCCUUACAAUAAGAAGCUAGGGACGGACACAUGGUUCUACGCCAAGCGCUGUUUCCUCUCGCUGCUGGAGAACAUGUCCAAACACAUGGUCAUGCUGAGGGACGCCGUGGUACAGGAGUGUAUUCAGUUCUUGGAGCACUGCGAGGUUUACGGGAAGGAGGUUCCAGCCAUCAUCGAACAGCCUCUGGAGGAGGUCCGCAUCCACAUCGGCAAGAACACCGUCACCUACGAGGCCCGGCUGCUCAAGGCUCUAUUCUACGAUGUGAUCGGCUGGAACAAGUGACAUCAUCACUCAGGUGUGAUGUAAAACAGCCGGAGGUGCCGGUUUGUUCGAUAUGAUAGAUAAUAGAAGACAAUCAGUGCAUAAAGUCCCUGAUGUGUUUUCAGUCGGGUCUGGAAACCAUCUUCCAGGUCCUGACUUCCCUCUGGGCAGCUUUUGCACUCACUUUGCUGAGCUGGGAGUGUUUUGGCAGAAGGAUAUAAUCCCAGUCUGAUCCAGCAGAUCUUACAUAAUCGCUGCUCUGACCUCAGAUAAACUCAUACAUCAGAGGUGAUCUGCUUUUAUUAGCACUAACACUCAGAGCAGCCUUUGAUUUUAUUAGUCUUUAUUUCGCUAACAUAACUUUACACGACAACAGUAGUGUUAUGUAAGUUCAUCUACAUACAUUCAUAGUUCAUGCAGAUCCUCUUUGGUCAGUGCUGGACUGCCGCCUUAAUACUCCAGUGGCUUUAUAUUCAGCUGGUUACAUGUUUGUGAAAAAGCAAAAACACGUUUUAAAGAAAAUAAAGACGUUCUUGUUGUUUUUCGAAACAAAUCUGAAGUGUCCUACAUCUGCAAAACCACAUUAGCAGAUUUUGAUCCUUUUCUUAACAAUAGAAUGUAGAGUAAAUGUAAGGUAAACAAGUUUCAGAUAAAGAUGCUCCAAUCAGGCUGUUUAGUUUUGAUAUUAUCAAUUAUUAUCAACGUCAAGUUAGAGAAAAAUCCUGCAAAAGACAUCUUGUAAUGCCAAACUCAGUCCUAAAAUCUCUGAAGCCCUCUAAAUGCACAACAUGUAUUUCCUGUCUUGUUGAAACAGUAAUUACAAGUAUUUUUUACUUCCCAGACAUUUGAAAUCGAUACACAACCUCACGAGAGAAGCAGAAAUUCACGAAAAACACGAGACAGCAAAUCAAAUAAAAUGAGAGCCUCCUCCGAGGUUUGUCCUACUGGAACUAGUAGAACUUCAGAUUUUCUGGUGAUAAUAUCAAGCUUUUCAGAAAAUAUCCACAACUCCAGGAGGGCUAGACUCUGGCUGCACAAACCUAACAAGCAAAGGCUUGUUCUCGGUUUUUGCCUUACAGCUCAAAAGUUUGUUGGUCGAGUUACAAAGUGAUUAAUUAGUGCGAAAAACUGCAAUAAAUUUGCACAGAAGCUAUAAACAAAGAUCAGAUUUACCUUUUUUCAAUCAAAGUUAUUUAUAUCUGAUCGUUUCCAUUAGGAUUGGCGCGUCACUUACUUUCAGCUUGUUUUAGUAUUUAUACACUGCCUAUACUCACACAAUCCAAUAUAGUAUAUUUUUAUAAGUGUAAUAUAACAAAAAACUUGCCUUAGUUUCCAUUUUGUGCCAUAAACAUCCCAGCAUCUUAUUAAAACAUUCAUCAUCUGUG